AUGACAGAAUAUGAUUGCCGUGGAGUCUGUCGAGUCGGGGCAACGGAGGAACCUUCUGUUGGGGAUAUUCCAGCCGCGAGUGAUCAGGACGUUGGAGGUGAUGGAAGAAAAGUCAUUCGACGACGAGGAGUUGAUGCAGGACCUCGAAUUCCUCAUUGGGACAUUGAAGGAGUUCAUUCAGCAAAUAAGAUCUGGAUGGCGCAACAACAAGCUGCAUUCGAUAAAAAGAAGCAAGAGAAUCUAAUCGAACAGUACAAGCGAGAACAAGAUUACUUGGAAAACAAAGCUCUGUUAGGCGAUAAGAAAGCAAUUUACGGAAUCAGUUUUCUGUACGAGCCUCCCUCAGGUCUUGUCGAGAAAGAAGUCAAAAACAUGAGACAAGAACAUGCUAGAAGAAAACCAUAUUCAAGGCCUCAAAUAUCAUUACUGGAACUAGAAUUUGAAACAAACCGAUAUCUAACAAGAGAACGGAGGUGGAAUAUUUCACAGCAGCUUAGACUCAGUGAAAAACAAAUCAAAAUUUGGUUCCAAAACAGAAGAAUGAAAAUGCGCAAAAUGAUCGCUCGUUCAAAAGAUCGGAAGGAUUAG